GACCUGGCUGGUUCCUUAACUCCUGCUCUUAUUCGUGAAGCCCUAGCCCUGGACGAAAUCAAAACCCAUCAUUGGCUCAUCUUGGGCUGCAGCGCUGUUACUGGUGCAAAUUUACUUGAAGGCAUCAACUGGCUGAUUAAAGAUGUAUCUUCCAGAAUUUUUUCCCUUGAUUAA